GGGAGGCCCAGCUCUAUAGAGUUGUUUGCACCUCUUCAAGGACGGCCUUGAGCAGGAGCACACUCCCAUGUAACUAGCAACCCUAGUUGGUUUGUCGAUUGACAUGUUUUGAUUGUCGGCAUAGAAAUUAGUUAAUCUCUAAUAUAAAAUCUAAUACUACUUCAUUUUCUCAGUAUAAACUUUCUUAUCGAACCUUUCAUUUUACUCUCAUAUUGUUUUCUCUCUAAUAGUAUAAAUCAAAUUUCUUAUUUUGGUAUUAAUUUAAUUACUCCAUGCAGUCCUUUUUGGGUCAUUGAAUAACUCGAUGAUUCACAGCUUCACAUAUACGUGUGAGUAUAUAUACAAGGGACAACUCUUGAGCCAUGGCAGAAACUAAUUAUUAAGGUGUUAAAGGUUUUUCAUUUUCUUUUCCAAAUUAUCUCAACAUAUAUAUAGAGAGAGAGUAAAGAAAAAGAUGUGGAAGUUGAAGAUAGCAGAAGGAGGAGAAGGGUUGAUUUCUGUGAAUAACUUUAUAGGACGUCAACACUGGGAAUUUGAUCCAAAUGCAGGAACACCAGAAGAACAUGCUGAGAUUGAAAGGCUACGCAUUCAAUUCACCAAAAACAGAUUCUCCAUCAAACAAAGUUCUGACCUCUUCAUGAGAAUGCAGCUAAAAAAAGAAAAUCAAUGUAGCCCCAUUCCACCAGCAGUUAAACUGAGAGAAGAAGAUAUCAUAACAGGGGAAGCAUUGAUAACAACAAUUAAAAGGGCUAUAAGUUUCUAUUCCUCAAUUCAAGCUCAUGAUGGCCACUGGCCUGCAGAAUCUGCUGGCCCUUUGUUUUUUGUUCAACCAUUGGUAAUGGCCCUCUAUAUUACAGGAUCCCUUGAUGAGGUUUUAGGACCUCAACAUAAGAAGGAAAUUGUUCGGUAUUUAUAUAAUCACCAGAACGAAGAUGGUGGAUGGGGAUUCCAUAUAGAGGGACAUAGCACAAUGUUUGGAUCAGCAUUGAGCUAUAUUGCACUGAGGCUACUUGGAGAAGGACCUGAAGAUGGUGAAGACAAGGCAAUGGAGAGAUGCAGAAAUUGGAUCCUUGACCAUGGUGGUUUAGUGGCUAUUCCAUCAUGGGGAAAGUUCUGGGUCACGGUACUUGGAGUUUAUGAGUGGCGAGGCUGCAAUCCACUUCCACCAGAGUUCUGGUUUCUACCAAAAUUCACCCCUAUUCAUCCAGGGAAAAUGUUGUGCUACUGUCGGUUAGUUUACAUGCCCAUGUCAUAUCUAUAUGGGAAGAAGUUUGUUGGCCCUAUCACUGACCUAAUCAAAUCACUGAGAGAAGAACUGUACAAUCAACCUUAUGAUCAAAUCAACUGGAACAAGGCCCGGAAUACUAUUGCUAAGGAGGAUCUGUACUACCCACAUCCUAUGAUUCAAGAUAUGUUAUGGGGAUUUCUUUAUCACGUGGGAGAGCCUUUUCUGAAUUGCUGGCCUUUCACCAAGCUUAGACAGAAGGCAUUAGAAAUUGCAAUUAAUCAUGUGGGUUACGAGGAUGAGAACAGUAGAUACCUUUGCAUUGGAAGUGUAGAGAAAGUAUUAUGUUUGAUAGCGCGUUGGGUUGAAGACCCAAACUCAGAGGCAUACAAACUUCAUUUAGCCCGAAUCCCUGAUUACUUCUGGCUUGCAGAAGAUGGCUUGAAAAUCCAGAGCUUUGGGUGUCAAAUGUGGGAUGCAGCAUUUGCUAUACAAGCAAUACUUGCUUGUAACGUGAGUGAAGAGUAUGGUCCUACACUUUGGAAAGCACAUGACUUCCUGAAGGCCUCACAGGUAGUUGAAAAUCCAUCCGGUGAGUUCAAAGCAAUGUACAGACACAUAUGCAAAGGAUCGUGGACAUUCUCAAUGCAUGACCAAGGUUGGCAAGUCUCUGACUGCACCGCAGAAGGACUCAAGGCCGCACUCCUGUUGUCAAAAAUGCCAAGUGAUCUUGUUGGAGAAAAAUUGGAAUCAGAGCGACUCUACGAUGCUGUUAAUGUCAUCCUCUCGCUACAGAGCAGUAAUGGCGGGUUCCCUGCUUGGGAGCCUCAAAAUGCUUACAGUUGGUUAGAGAAAUUCAAUCCAACUGAAUUCUUUGAAGACACGCUGAUUGAGAGGGAGUAUGCUGAGUGCACUGGUUCUGCAAUGCAAGCCCUGUAUCUCUUCACAAAGCUACACCCAACUCAUAGAGCAAAGGAAAUACAUCACUGCCUUUCCAAAGCAAUUAAUUACAUUGAAAACACACAAAAUCCCGAUGGAUCCUGGUACGGGUGUUGGGGAAUUUGCUAUACGUAUGGUACUUGGUUUGCAGUAGAGGGACUAACAGCUUGUGGAAAGAAUUACCAUAACAGUCCUUCCUUGCGAAAAGCUUGUCAAUUUUUAUUGUCAAAGCAGCUUCCUGAUGGGGGGUGGGGAGAAAGUUAUUUGUCAAGCCAAAACAAGGUAUAUACAAACCUAGAAGACAACCGUGCAAAUUUAGUUCAAACUUCGUGGGCUUUGUUAUCCCUUAUCAGUGCAGGGCAGGCUGAUAUAGAUCCUACACCCAUACACCGUGGAAUGAAGUUAAUAAUCAAUUCACAAAUGGAAGAUGGAGAUUUCCCACAACAGGAGAUAACAGGAGUAUUUAUGAGGAAUUGUACUCUGAACUACUCAUCAUAUCGAAACAUCUUUCCCAUAUGGGCUCUGGGAGAGUAUCGUCACCAAGUCUUGUCUGCACAAACUCCAAAUGCUGCACCUUGAAUUGUAAAUACUCACUACCCAGGUGCUAAUUGGUUGUACACAUCAAGUUAUAAAACUAUAGUUUGAUUAUUAUUUUUCUGAAUUUUGUAUUUUCUGGCAGUUUGUAAAAAACAUGUCAAUUGGUUCUUUUUAAAAUAAGUCUUUCUUCAAGAAUAUCAUCGGUAACUGUAAGCAUAUUCAUUUCAGCAACUUAUCAUGUAACUUAUUCCUUUUCAGAAAGACAAUAUAUAUUUUCAGUUCUAUUGCAUUUUAA